GCAUCGGGCCCCCAGGCGGGGCGACAGGCAUCGGGCCCCCAGGCGGGGCGACAGGCAUCGGGCCCCCAGGCGGAGCGACAGGCAUCGGGCCCCCAGGCGGAGCGGCGGGCGCCGGACCCCCAGGUGGAGCGACAGGUCUCGGGCCCUCAGGCGGAGCGGCGGGCGCCGGACCCCCAGAUGGAGCGACAGGUCUUGGGCCCUCAGGCGGAGCGGCGGGCGCCGGACCCCCAGGUGGAGCGACAGGUCUCGGGCCCUCAGGCGGAGCGGCGGGCGCCGGACCCCCAGGUGGAGCGACAGGUCUCGGGCCCUCAGGCGGAGCGGCGGGCGCCGGACCCCCAGGUGGAGCGACAGGUCUCGGGCCCUCAGGCGGAGCGGCGGGCGCCGGACCCCCAGGUGGAGCGACAGGUCUCGGGCCCUCAGGCGGAGCGGCGGGCGCCGGAUCCCCAGGUGGAGCAACAGGUCUCGGGCCCCCAGGCGGAGCGGCAGGCGCCGGACCCC